AUGGCUCUCUGGACUCCAUACGUGCAAGAGACCGCUCUCGAUUUAAGUCGGUCUACAGUGAAACGGGAACGAGAAUCUCCUAUAGUGGAAACAAUCAGUAGCACAUCACCAACUUACCCGGAUUACUCGUACGCAAAACAGUAUGCGGUGUCACCACAACAGUCUCUGCCAUUGAAUCCGGUGUACUACCCGGGAUAUGCAGACCAUCAGGCGUACAGUGUUCCAUCAGCUCAAAUUUCGCCGGAAUCAGGUGACUGUGCACCGCAGUGGUCACCGCGAUCGUACCAACAGAAGUCUGUCGGGUCAGCACCUUCGCCGCCGCAGUCGCCUGAGUUGUACGACAUAGAAUCUUUGGACGACGAUGUAGAAUACCAAGCGUUCGAAAGGGACGCUUUGAGAGCUAUGGCCGAGAAGAACGGUGGAUCGCUUCUGGGUAACAAUCCGCGCAUGCGCCGCGCCGUGCAGACUAACCAGGCUGCUGACGACAGCUACAGGAAACAGAGGGAAAGGAAUAACUAUGCAGCGAAACAAAGUCGCGACAGGAGGAAACUACGAGAAGUCCGCUUGGCUUUUCAAGUGACGUUCCUAAAGAAGAAAAUGGCGGAUUUACGUGCUAAGUUGGCAGCCGGCGUUUGUGGGCGCUGUCGCCAGAUCUGUGAAUGCUAA